UCUCCACAAGACAGAACAGGUCACCAGAAUCCGACCAGAUAACCUCUCUGCUGCCACUGCCUUUGGUACAGUAGAGGUUGCGGGGCCACAGCCAGCACCCUACCCCCCCUCCAAAAAAAAAAAAAAAUCCCAACAAUAACAAGAUGAUGGCCGGUGUGGUGGGUAGCAGCCAAUGUUACCAAAGUGUGUUGCUGAGGCGUGGCAGUGGCUUGAGCCGGGUCCUGAUGCGUGGAUUCUCAACACAUGCUGAUAAACCUAAGGCUGACAGUAGCAAGAGCAGGCUGGCAGAUCACCAGAGGGAGGUGAUGAAGAGAGGACUGCCCAGGCGCUCCAAGAUUCCCAACGUUAGCAAUGUCAUUGUUGUCGCAUCAGGGAAGGGAGGAGUAGGGAAAUCAACUACUGCAGUAAACUUGGCACUUGCCCUGGCUGAAGUGGACAACUGUGGGGUUGGUCUACUCGACAUGGAUGUGUUUGGACCAUCAGUACCUCGCAUGAUGAAUCUCAACGCUUCACCAGAAAUAGACCAAAAUCAGAAGAUGGUGCCUCUCUCAAAUUAUGGCAUACAAUGUAUGUCAAUGGGAUUCUUAGUGGAGGAGAAGGCAGCAGUGGUGUGGCGAGGGCCCAUGGUGAUGUCAGCUGUCCAGAGACUGUUGCUGCACACUGCUUGGGGACCUGACCUCAAGUAUCUGGUGUUGGACAUGCCACCAGGAACGGGUGACACCCAACUUUCCAUAUCACAGUUGAUUGAUGUAACAGGUGCCAUCAUAGUUUCAACGCCUCAAGACAUUGCUCUUCUUGAUGCUUGCCGAGGAGCAGAAAUGUUCAGCAAAGUUCACAUACCAGUGCUUGGUCUAAUUGAAAAUAUGAGUGUCUUCUGUUGUCCUAAAUGUGGCCACCAGGAACAUAUAUUUGGGCAGCAGGGAGUACAGAGAAUGGCUGAAGAACUAGGUGUUGAUCUUCUUGGUGAAGUUCCUUUAGAUCUAUCCAUUCGAGAAGGGGCUGACUGUGGGAGGCCUAUUGUAAUAUCUGAAUGCAGUAGUCCACAGGCCAGGAGUUACUUCAAUAUUGCUGCCAAGGUUUCACAAAAAGUUGCAGAUUUAAAGACCAAGUGAAGACUAUACUCUCAUGUGAAUCAUGAAUCCAUCCUGUGCAAGCCUAGAAGCAUGGUGGAAGUCUUGUUUGUGGGAAUGGUAGAGGAACAAAUGAACACACACACUUUAAUCUCUCUCUCUCUCUCUCUCUCU